AUGGCAGAUCCCGUCAAGUCCCCUGACGUAAAGUUGCCAGUUGACGCCCACGAACAUGUCAUUAUCGAGAAGGGAGAUACAGAGCUGCUAGCGACGCUGGGCUACAAGCAGGAGCUACGCCGUCAUUAUUCCGCGGUUCAAAUCUUUGCUGUAGCUUUCAGUAUCAUGGGACUGCUGCCCUCAAUUGCAUCGACCCUUUCAUUUUCGAUGCCCGCUGGCCCUGUGGGAUGGUUGGUCGCUAGUGUCUUCAUCUUCAUUGUCGCCUUGGCCAUGGCUGAUUUGGCAUCUGCAAUGCCCACUGCUGGUGGUCUCUACUUCUGGACCCAUUACUACAGCGCCCCGAAAUGGAAGAACCCGUUGAGUUUCCUCGUCGGAUACAGCAACACUAUCGGUCUCGUUGGUGGCAUCUGCUCCAUAGACUACGGUUUUGCAAACAUGCUUCUAUCAAUGGUCUCCAUAUCCCGUGACGGAAAUUGGUCUGCCUCCCGUGGAGCAAUCUACGGAACCUACGUUGCAACAGUCGUAGCCCACGGCCUCAUCGCCACCUUUUUCGGCAAAGUAAUGCCCAAGAUCCAAUCUAUCUGCAUCGUCCUCAACAUCGGCCUGGUAGUAGCUACCGUCAUCGCCCUACCUAUUGGAAAGCAUGAGAACGCCCCUCCCGUCAACUCAGGUUCCUACGUCUUUGGAAACAUAGACAAUCUAACUACUUGGCCGUCUGGUUGGUCAUUCAUGCUAGCGUGGCUUUCGCCAAUCUGGACUAUUGGCUCUUUCGACUCCUGUGUGCAUAUGAGUGAGGAGGCGACGCAUGCUUCUCGCGCUGUGCCUAUUGGUAUCAUCGCUUCUUGUGGCUUGUGUGGUAUCUUGGGCUGGGUUUCGCUGGCUGUGAUUGCUGCUUCUAUGGAUAAAGAUAUCUCUGCGAUUCUGGAUUCGAGAUUUGGUCAGCCCAUGGCUCAGAUCUAUUACGAUGCCCUAGAUAAGAAGGGUGCGCUCGGCUUCAUGGCCGUGUGCGCAGUUGUCCAAUUUUUUAUGGGUUUGAGUAUUGUCCUGGCAGCCUCUCGUCAGAGCUGGGCGUUCUCUCGAGACAACGCAUUGCCCUUCUCCAAGUUCUUCCGCAAAGUCAGCCAGUACAGACUGACGCGCUACCAGCCUGUCCACAUGAUCUGCGGCGUCAUAGCCGCAUCGAUAAUAAUCGGACUUCUAUCUCUAAUAGAUAACGCCGCAGCUAAUGCGCUCUUCUCGCUCGCCGUGGCCGGUAAUGACGUCGCAUGGGGAGUUCCGAUCCUCGCUCGACUCAUCUGGGGCCAGGAUAAGUUUGUACCAGGUGAAUUCUACACUGGGAAGUACUUCAGUAAACCGAUUGCUUGGACGGCUGUUAUCUACUUGGCUUUUGCUAUUAUCCUUUGCAUGUUCCCGACUGGUGGACCUGAUCCUUCGCCCGAUGAUAUGAACUAUACUGUUGUUAUUAACGGGGCGUUGUGGGGAGGUGCCAUUCUUUAUUACAUGAUUCGUGCAAAGAAGACGUACUCUGGUCCUCAGGCUACGACUAUGCCUGAGGAUGAAGGUUAA